AUCUGCCCGGUCUGCCUCCGCGAGCGCCUCGGAAGCCUCUGCCCCGACUGCGCCAACGUCCGGCCUUGCGGAUGCUGCGCAACGACGUCGUCUUCGUCUUCCUCCUCUGGUGACGGCGCCGGAUCUGUCGGGAGACUGUCGAGCCUCAUUGAGAGCGAGCCGGCCUUCCGGCGCUCGAGGUCGGUGGCGAUCCCGUUUCUCCGUUCGAGGUCGAGGUUCGUCGGCAGCGAUAAGGACGCCGAGAUAGGCGAUCGGAGCUUGCCGCCGUCGGCAGGUAAAACGUCGGCGCUUUGGUCCGUGUUUAGGUUUCAGAAGAGUAAGCGAAGCGAGAAACGAGAAGGUAACGGCGAAAACGACGCCGAUGCUAUGAGGCGGACGAUGAUGAUGAGGUCGAGGUCCGUGGCGGUUCCGAUGGCGGCGAAGACGGCGGCGUCGGAUUCCGUUACCGGAGAUGUUAAGCCGGCCUCGAAAGGUCGGAGUUGGUACUUUCCGAGCCCUAUUAAGGCUUUCCGGCAAUCCAAAAUCUCUAGGAUUGUUCAUGAGCGCUCGCCGUUGUACAGAGGCUAAUAAUACUUUUGUAGACAAAUUAUCAUCAAUAUCCAUAUAUUAAUUUUCAUAUGAUUAACAUACCAUAAAAACUGAUAAUUGUUCUUUUUUUUUUUUCCCUGCCAUGGAAAUCUAUCAUACAUGUUGAACUUGGAUGCAAAUGUUGAGUAAAAAACAGUCAAUGUAAUAAUUGGAUUUGCAACAAUGAAUUA